CCAAGUCUAAAGAAACAUAUUUACCAAUCCGUCAACCUAUAUUUGACUGUCCACCAGAAGUUAGCGCCACUGUCUUGAGGAAACUUUACUGACCAAUAGUGAUGUCCAUCAAAAAGAUUUUUACUGAUCUGGGAAAAGGAGUGAGAUUUCCAGCCCAUAGCGAUAGGACAGAGUCUAUAAAACCUACGGCAAUAUUUUAUUUUGAGGGUUGCGACCCACAUCUAUGUGAACAUCCUCCUGAAGCUACAGACUUAUAUCACUAUAACCAAGAAAGGUUCCCAAACACAUCCAUCCAUUGUCUCCAGUCGAGCAGAGAGUGUUUAGAAUCAAGUUCUGAUACUCCACAGUCAGUGUUAGAUUCUGAGCCCUAUCCAACAAUAUACAACACAACCUCCUUUGAUAUCUGUUUGUCCGAAGAGGAUAGAAGCUACGUUUUGGACUACAGCCAAGAAGAACUUACAAAGGUUAUUUUAUCGCGAGAAGAUAGACGUGGUUAUCUUGGAAACGAGGACAUCGGGCUUCAUAAUAAGAAUUCAUUGUUAGAUCUCAACAGUAAAAUCUUAAUUUCGUCACUAAACUGCUCAUCAAAGAAUGAUUUGGCAUCAGUAGGUCUAAUAACAGUCAUGGCUGAUACAAAUAGUACUUCAUCGUCAGCCACAACGACGCUAUUUCCUGAAUUACCAGUAGGUGACGAACAGUCAAAUACCAGAUACAAACAUUGUUACACCACAGACUUCAGUAAAAGUUGUAAGGACAGACACCAUUGUACUAAAGCAUCCUGUAGUCCUAACGGAGGAUCUGGUUGUAACAAGUCUUCAUUAUUAACUGACGAAUGGUUGCACAGUGAGUAUGGUUCUAUUGAAACCGAUGACGUAACGAAAAGAGAAAAUACAGCGGACUAUGCUACGUCACUUGGGCUAGAACGUCGAAACAAGAGUAAUAUGUUUGAAAAAAUUCGUAAUUUAACAAAUCGAGUUUCUUCUAGCACUGGCGAAGAUGACCGUUCACAAUCUUCAGAUUGUAAAGAAACAGAAGAAUUGGAUAAGGUUGCAGAAUCAGAAUUUUCUCACGACCACAACGGACGUUCUACAGCGUCCUCUCUAUUCGGACGCGUUCGUCAUCUCCAUAAAGAUGUGAAAAAGAGGAUAUCCCGACUUAAGUCUUCCCGUAGCAUAGUCGAUACCGAGCAACUCCAAGACGACCAGCAGGAUGAAUCUGAAAAUCCUUCGGAAACUAUUCCUAGUAUGAGCAGUUCCAGUCUACAAGUAGAGUCGCCCUCUAGCGGUAACCUUAAUUUCACAUCUGCGGGAGAAGAUGAGGAAACUCCAUAUUCGGGGCCUAUUUUGAGUCAAGCACGUGCUUUGGUUGACUAUACCCCGAGUCCAUAUGACAGAGAUGCCCUUGCAUUUAAGAAAGGAGACAUUAUCGAAAUCAUUGCCAAAUAUAACACAGGGAUUUGGGUUGGUACUAUACAGGGGCGGAUUGGCAGUUUCAAGUUUAUCAAUGUUCAAGAAAUAGAAGGAGAGAAAAAAAGUCGCCAGCGGCACUCGAAAAGAAGUCCACAGUUAGCUUCUCUUGCUGCUAUAAAGCCACAAAGCUUAGAAGAUGUUUUAAAUAUGAUUGGACUACAGCAAUACACACAUGUUUUGGUACUGAACGGUUACGACCAGCUGGAGUGUUUCAAGGACAUAGAGCUGGAAGACUUGGAAGGACUGGGUAUCCUCGAACCAGAGCAUCAGCAAGAACUACUGCGUGCAGCAGACGUGCUCCUAGAAUACAUAGAGACAGUUCCCGCAUCUCACCAUGAUAUGGCCACACAUCCUGAAAGAAAAGUGGUCAUUGAAGAGAGGGUGGAAGUCGAGAAAUCCGAACAUGAUUCUGGAUAUUAUACCAGUAAUGGACACUUGGUCAAUGAAGAAAAUGCAAAGGACAAUAGCGUUGUAUAUUGUGUGGAAUACCAUAGUACCUCUAAUAACGAUUCCAGUGUUAAGGGCGACUUAGAUGUUAAUUAUUGGUCAAACCAAAACAAUCUUUCGAAAUCAUCAGUGAGUUCAAACAACACUAGGACAGAGCCAUUAUGUAACUUCGAUGUUCCAAUUAGCUGCUCUCACGAUGCUGGCUUGGUCAAUACUAAGCCUUAUCGCGAUGAUAAACGAUUAGCAUUGAAGAAUGAUAAGACUGUGGUAUUGAGAAGCGACGAUAGUUGUCGUUCAAAAACUCCAGGGAUUAAAAACGUAGAGAGUAGAACAGAAGCGAAAGAAGAUGGUUCUUCUGAGAGCAUUGUAAGGUCAUCUUCUAAGUUAGCAGACUGCGAAUAUAAUCCAGAGAGGUACAUUCUUGUUGGCCAAGAAAAUUACACACAACUUUCGAACUAUUGUCCUUGUUCCACGAGUUCGGAAUCGCGUGCUAAAAAAACGUUGUGCACGUCUACAAGAACAGUGGAAAAAACAAAAUCAUUAACUUCUCAUGACGUAUCCUCUGAAGUCUAUUGCGGCUCAGGAUCAACCAAGGAGGAAAGAAGUACCAUCUUUCACAGAAAAAAGCCCCAAAAUCCCGAAGACCCUCCCGAUGCUCCUAAAAGGGGUAUUAAAAAACAUGGAAGAAACCAUGGGUUCCAAAAUUGUAACCCUCAUAUUUCACAGGACUUAAAUGAGUUACCUCUUGUGAAGAGCAAACUAGGAAAAGAAUCUGACCAUCAUCAGUCCAGAAAUUGCUGCGAUAAACCUCAGAAUUUAGCACCGAGAAAUAUCAAGGGACUGGAAAAGGAUAUCGAUGACGUAGCGGAAGCUCUUGACAAAUCUCAGAUAAGCACACUUCAGCAGCAAGAAAAACAGAGGGUGAGUAAACCUAAAGCCAUAAAAUCGUCUGGUGUUUGGAAAAAAAAUAAGUUUCGACUAAAGUUCGAAGCCCUUCUUACAGUAGAAAAGCAGUGACGAAUAAACUACUUCCUAUCAUGGAAGAAAGACCUACCAAAUACUUCUGAGCUGACAUCUGUAGAGAAUCUGAGGUGUUACCGAGAAUAAUUAUCGCUGUGUGAGCUGUCACCGAGAGUAAUUACAGCUAUGUUCAUUAUUGAUUGUUUUUCCUCAGCCUACACAAUGAUUUGAGAACAAGAAAGUCGUCUACGCUGCAUACAUAUCAUAGGAUCAACCAACGAAUGCAAAGCACGUUUAAUGAACAGGCUCCAGCAAGCUAAAACCAGUUGUUUUGUUAUGAAAGACUGAUCUCUAUUAGUUGUUCAAAAGAUUCCAGGCUUUUUUCGCAUAUCGAGCGUACACUACAUGCUCAUCUAACAAAAUUUCAAAGCCGCUAAAUUUGAUAAGAACGGACCUUGCUUUAUGGAAUUUAAAUGUGAUAGACUAUUAGAAAAGGUGUCGCUAUACUAUUUCAUUGUAUAUUCUAUUGAUCAGUACAUUGGACUCCUAAUCUCUUCUUUAGUACUUUUUCACGUCACGUGAACAGUCAGGGGCUAUUAUGUAUAUUGCAUAAGCCAUGUUAGGCUUAACUCCGAAUUAUGUCAUUUUUAGGUCACCUCCAGGAACGAAGUGUUAUCUAUCUACAAAGCAACUGCUAUUUCUUAUCUUUAGGCUGCUUGUAUACGUAACUUAUAAGGUAUACUAAACAUUUUCAGAAUAUAAAAUAUAUUUUUUGAAUAAAAUUAUUUUGUAUUCAGUAAACAUUAGAUUUAUUUAAAAUCGUCUAACACGUACAAUCAAUCUUAACUGAGCCAUCUCUAAUAAGUUAAAACUAAAUAUUAAUUAUUAGCCAAAUUGUGGUUGUGACUAACAAAUACUAAAUAUUAAAAUUAUGUUCAUUUUAUGUAGAAAAGGGAAUGUUGUUGUAAUUUUGAACAGAAAUUAAAUGGAUACGAAUUUUUCUGCACAAUGA